GGUAUGUGUCCAGUCACCGCCAUCCUCUGUCAGGAUUACUGGGGCAGGUAAUGACUGGAGUGUAUGGGCUGCCGGGAGGUGUAGGUCAUGUGACUCUGGGACGUGUGGUGAUGACGUUAGUUCAUGGUGAGAGAUAACGGACAUGUUAAAAUAGAAAGUGCGGUCUCCGCUCACCGGACCCUCGCAGGACACACGGAGCGAGAACAGCAGAAGAGACGGAGAAUUCCAGCCCCAAAGUAAUAGGAAAACUGGAUUUUAUUGACUUAAAGGGAACCUGUCAUCACCUUUAUGGUGUCCAUACUAACGUCAGCAUAAAGUAGAGACAGGUUCCUACAAUAUAGGAUCUGCUCAGUGGAUAUCUUCUAUAUAAGAUCCUUCUCCUUAAUUAACUGUCAAGGAUGGAUAGGGACAGGGACAAAAUGGUGGAGAGUCUAAUAAGCCUCACCCUAGAGAUCCUCUUCCGGCUUACUGGAGAGGACUACACAGUAGUGAAGAAGACCUCUAGUGAGCGCUGUCAGGUCCCUGUGUCUGAAGGAUGGGGAAGAACCCUGAGCCCAAUAACAGGGCCUCCACCUCACCCCCUGAUCCUUGAGGAAAUAAACAGAGAGAAGAUCGUACAACUCACCAACAAGAUCAUUGAGCUACUGACUGAAGAGGUUCCUAUAAGGUGUCAGGAUGUCACCGUCUAUUUCUCCAUGGAGGAGUGGGAGUAUUUAGAAGGACACAAAGAUCUGUACAAUGACGUCAUAAUGGAGGAUCACUGGCCCCUUACACCACCAGUUGAGGAAGAGAGAAGAACACCGGAGAAAUGUCCCAGUCAUCUUCUUUUACAGGAUGUUUCAGAAGAACAUCACCAUGUCCCACAGAAUGAUCAGCUUGUUAAUCCGGGUAAAGAUCUGAACAUUAUAUAUGUUACAGAGACAUAUGUGAGGGGUGAUGAGCAGAAUAUAGAGGACAUUCCUACAGAUAACCAUCCAGAUGACUGGACCAGGAGCUCAAAGGAACAUCUGAUAUCUUCAGAUUUUAAAGCAGAUGAUCAUGGUGUCAUAGAAAAUAUAUAUGAAGAGCAUGUCAUUAUCUCUAAUAUAUCAUCAGCCUUUCACAGCAAAGAUCUAUCUUCUGAUCCUUUGGAUCGAGUCCAAUUUUCUGAUUUAUCACAGACUGUUAAGCAAAAUAAAUGUCGCAGAAGGGAUGUUCAACAUCAAAGGGUACACACCGGGGAGAAGGAUUUUUCAUGUUCACAGUGUGGGAAAUAUUUUAGCUUUAAAUCAGCUCUUGUUAUUCAUCAGAGAAUUCAUACAGGAGAGAAGCCAUUUUCAUGUUCAGAAUGUGAGAAAUGCUUUAACAAAAAGUCAAAUCUUGUUGCUCAUGAAAGAAUUCACACAGGGAAUAAGGCUUUUUCUUGUUCAGAUUGUGGGAAAUAUUAUAGCGUUAAAUCAGCUCUGGUUCUGCAUCAGAGAAUUCAUACAGGGGAGAAGCCAUUUUCAUGUUCAGAAUGUGAGAAAUGCUUUAACAAAAAGUCAAAUCUUGUUGCUCAUGAAAGAAUUCACACAGGGGAGAAGCCUCACUCAUGUUCAGAAUGUGGGAAAUGUUUUAACCGGAAAUCAGAUCUUGCUAUACAUAACAGAAUUCACACAGGGGAGAAGCCAUAUUCAUGCUCAGAAUGUGGGAAAUGUUUUACAUAUAAAUCACAAUUUGUUAAGCAUCAGAGAAUUCACACAGGGGAGAAGCCAUUUUCAUGUUCAAAAUGUGGAAAAUACUUUAAUCAGAAACCAGAUCUUGUUAAACAUCAAAGAAUUCACACAGGGGAGAAGCUAUUUUCAUGUUUAGAAUGUGGAAAAUGGUUCACAGAUAAAUCACAUCUUGUUAGACAUCAGAUAAUUCACACAGGGGAGAAGCCAUAUUCAUGUUCAGAGUGUAGGAAAGGUUUCACGGAUAAAUCAUAUCUUGUUAAACAUGAGAGAAUUCACAGAGGGAAGAAACCAUUUUCAUGUUUAGAAUUUGACAAAUGCUUUAAACAAAAGUCAGAGCUUUUUAAACAUCAGAGAAUUCACACAGGGUAGAAGCCAUUGGUAUGCCCAGAUUAUGAGACAACUCUCGUUGACCAGCAAAUAAUUCACAGAGAGGAGAAGCUAUUGUGAUGUAUGUGGAAAGUGUUUUAAACUCAGCUGUAAUUGCAGAUCAAAGAAUUCACACAGGAAUAUUUUC